UACAGUGUGGUGUGUGUGUGUUUGUGUGAAGGUUACAGAUUAUACUGGAGCUUCAACAUUCAUAAGAAACAAAUGGAGCUGUGGUCAUUCAGCUAAGAUUAAACACGUUUACUACUUUCAAUUAUUCUUCACCGACUACAGACUGAGCCAUGGCCAGUCUGUCCAGCUACGCCAUCCGCAUGGCCAGGCUUAGCUCGCAGAUCUUCAGCCAGGUUGUGCGUCCGACAGACCCCAAAUCCAUGAAGGUGGUCCAGCUGUUCCAGGAACCCCCCAUGGCCAAGAGGAAGGAGGUGUACGAGUGGUACCCUCAUCACAAGGUUUACUUUGCCAUGACGCAGAAGCUCAGGUUCAUGGGACUCUUCAGAGAUGAGCAUGAAGACUUCAAAGACGAAAUGCGUCGCCUGAGGAAACUAAGGGGAAAAGGGAAACCGAAGAAAGGAGAAGGGAAGAGAGCGGGCAAGAAGAAAUGAGCUGCGACAUUUCUGCGUUCUGCAAUCGUUUUACAGGACUUCCCAUUUUUCUUUUGUCUUUUUAUGGAGGCAGACAACAGUCCACUGUGUACACUAUCACUAUGUGUGUAUGGGGGGGGGGGACUGCUAAUCCUGAAAGAAUUCCAUUGGUUGACUGUCCUGUUGCUUUUUCUGAAGCUUCACUAUGUUGCCAUGAAGAAUACCCGAGAUCAGCAUAAAACCUACUCAUCUACGUCUGUUGUGCUCACGUGAAUGCCAUCCUUUUAUAGUUGAACGUGAAUAAGCUCUUGUAUUCCAGUUGCAGGGGUUGAAAAAGUAUGGAGAAGAAAGUAUUGUUAUCUUAACAUACGCUAAGGUCUUUAGGUACGAAGUGAUAUAAACACACUGAUCCCUUUGACGGAAAUACAAGUUCUACUGUUGUGUCUUUUCAAGAUUCAUGGAUAAAUGACACUGCCCUCGUACCAGCACAAGUUGUUUGCCGGUGCUAGCUCAACUUUCAAAGGAAUGGUUGAAAAAGGAUGUAAAGAAACUGAUAUCUUUUAUGUUUUCAAAAUAAAAUCUAUGUAAGAAAUGCA